CCUCCUUCUUUUCCUCUGUCCUCCUCCCCUCUCUUAUCUUCCUCCUCCUCCUGCUCCUCCUCCUCCUCCUGCAGGCUGUUGAUGGAGAGGAUUUCGAAUGUCAGCCGGCACCGUGGUGAUCGCAGGAGGAAUUCUGGCCACAGUGAUCCUACUGACCAUCGUGGGCGUUCUGUGUUUAUGUAGGUUACAGUACUACUGCUGUAAGAGGGAGGAGUCUGAGAAGGGGGACGAGGACCAACCGGAGCUCGCCACCAUGUCUCCGUCCCGGCCGCUGGCUCUGUCCGCUCCCCCGUCGCCUCCCACGCCGGAGCACUACUUCCCCCAGGAGGAGCCGGAGGACUACCCGCCCACCUUCCUCACCGAGGCCAACGGGCCCGCCAGCUGCUACUCCCCGACGCCGCCGCCGCCGCGCAGGUGCCAGCGCUCACAUGCCUUCUGCCCGUCCUGCGCCCGCUGCUCGCUGCCCUUCUACCUGCAGCACCCCGAGAGGCUGUGCAGCGGCGGGCGCAGGGUCAGCUACAGGACUGUGCAGCAGCAGGACCUGGAGCUGCCGCUGGACCUGGCCAGCUUCUACCACAAGCUCAACCUCAUCCGCUCCGUCACCAUGAGGGAGGUGGUCACCCACAGCGUCAGCACAGACGUGUAGCCGCCGCCCGGCGGGGCGGAGGAGGAGGAGGAGGAGGAGGCGCCAGCGGGGCGGAGGCGGCGUCGUACCACCACACUGAGGGCUUCUGGGAGGUGCAGCUGGACGCAUCUGUGAACAUUGUUUCUAACGGACUCUCCUCCUCCUCCUCCUCUCUCAUUCCUUAAUUUCCUCCUCAUCCUCUCCUCUUGUUCCAUUUCUCCUUUCUUUCCACCAUACUCUCUUCCUCCU